AUGAAUACACAAAAUGAUCAUCAACUUCUAGAGAAUGUAUGGGCGAGUUUUAUCCGAGGCGAAGAAGAAGCAGACAAGAAAAGAAGUGAAACCCAAGAGAUUUCAAAAUCAUGGCAAGAGCUACCUGGUCUUGAUGGUAGAGAAGGAUCAAUGGAUGUCCUUCAAAGACUACCAAGUCUAGGCAGGUGGUUUUCAAUGGGAGCUGAGGCAUGGGAAGAACUUCUUUCAGGACUAGACGACGACGUUUCAAGAAGUCACGAUAAUGUACAACUUUCUUGCAAUUUUGAUAGUUCAGAUAACAAGAACUUAAAAGUCAAUGCUAUGAAAGUAGACAACGUGACCCAAAGACAUUACAGAGGAGUAAGGAGACGACCUUGGGGUAAAUAUGCGGCGGAGAUAAGAGAUUCGACAAGAAAAGGAGCUCGUGUUUGGCUUGGAACUUUCGAUACAGCUGAAGAAGCAGCUUUAGCUUACGAUAAAGCUGCUUUGAGAAUUAGAGGUCCUAAAGCAUAUCUUAAUUUUCCCCUUGACACAGUAGCUAAGGCUAUGGGCAAUGGUUACGCUAUUGAUCACGGCUACAAGAGAAGCAGUGAUAGUUCUUGCACUUUUCUUGAAGGUAACUAUGAAAAUAAUAAUUCAAGAACUCGAAAAAGGGUAUCAAGAGACUGGGAAUCAGAGAAGAGUGAUGUAGAAUUGAUUAUUGAACAGCCAGAAUUUAAGAGAAUGUUUAGUGUGGAAGAGAAAAUUGGAAGUGACUUCGAUGUUGUAGAAUUUCAGGACCUGGGCAGUGAUUACUUAGAGAGUUUGCUUUCCUCUUUAUGAUCAAAUAUAUUUAAAGGGUUACAAUUACAUAGUGUUUCACAGGCAUAAUUUGUUUUGUUUUGUAUAAAUUCUUUAGCUAUAUAUAUGGAGAAAUUCACUGGGGUCGGUAUUGAUUUAUUUGUAGAAAGGUAUAUAUUUUUGUUUGUAAAAUGUUAUUUCUUUACUAGUAUAUGAGUGG